AGGAAGAGGAAAUUAAGGAAUACGAUAUUCAUCAGAAUUCAAAAAUAGAAAAACGAUUUAAAUAUAAUAUUAAAACAAAAAGCUACCUUUCUUCGAGUAGAAAAUGGAAUAAAAUUUAUGAUAAGAUUAAAAGGAAAUACUUCAAGUUUACGUUUUCAUCAGAUUCUAAACAAGAAUUUACGUGUGAAUUAUGUAAACAGACAUUUACAAAUAAGAGAAUAUUGGAAACACAUCUGUUCUGUCAUAUUAGAAAAAAACCAUUUUGUUGCACAACCUGCAAUAAGAAGUUUUUGUGGCAAUUUCUUCUGCGAAGACACAUGGUAGAACACAAAACUGGAAAUAAAAACGAAAUCUCUCACAUGAAUUUAAGUUUGCAGCUAUCUGGAAAUCGAGUGAAGACAUCGCGAAGAAACGGUAAAAAUUUCAAUCUUCAGAGGAAAAAUGGCAUUUGUGGUAAGCACGUUCGAUACGGUAACAGCCGUUUAGAGAAACACAAGAGAAUAUACAAAGUUCAUGCCUGCAAAAUAUGUGGAAAAGAAUUUAGGUGGAAACGGGAUUUUUUAUGUCAUGGAGCACGGCAUAGUGGAGAUCGACCUAUGAAAUCCGAUAUUUGUAAUAAAACAUUUAAAAGGAAAAAGCAACUAAAAAGCGAUAAAAAAACAUACAGUGAAGAACGUCAUUUCAAAUGCGAUAUUUGUAAUAAGGAUUUCAAAUCGAAAGGGCAACUAAAAUACCAUCAAAAUAUUCAUAGUGAAUGUUCUUUUAAAUGUAAUGUAUGUAAUAAGGGUUUUAAAUGCAAAGAGUAUCUAAAAAGCCAUCAAAGGGUUCAUAGUGAAAAACGUCCUUUCAAAUGCAAUAUAUGUAAUAAGGGUUUUAAACGAAAACAGGAACUAACAAGCCAUCAAAGGGUUCAUAGUGAAAAACGUUCUUUCAAAUGCGAUAUUUGUAAUAAGGGUUUCAAAUGGAAAGGGCAACUAAAAAGCCAUCAAAAUAUUCAUAGUGAAGAAUGUCCUUUCAAAUGCGAUAUAUGUAAUAAGAGUUUUAAAUGCAAAGAGUAUCUAAAAAACCAUCAAAUUAUUCAUAGUGAAAAACGUACUUUCAAAUGCGAUAUUUGUAACAGGGGUUUUAAUCGGAAAGCGGAACUAAAAAGUCAUCAAGUAACUCAUAGUAAAGAAUGUCUUUUCAAAUGCGAUAUUUGUAAUAAGGAUUUCAAAUCGAAAGGGCAACUAAAAUACCAUAAAAAUAUUCAUAGUGAAGAAUGUUCUUUCAAAUGCGAUGUAUGUAAUAAGGGUUUUAAAUGCAAAGAGUAUCUAAAAAGCCAUCAAAGGGUUCAUAGUGAAAAACGUCCUUUCAAAUGCAAUAUAUGUAAUAACGGUUUUAAACGAAAACAGGAACUAACAAGCCAUCAAAGGGUUCAUAGUGAAAAACGUUCUUUCAAAUGCGAUAUUUGUAAUAAGGGUUUCAAAUGGAAAGGGCAACUAAAAAGCCAUCAAAAUAUUCAUAGUGAAGAAUGUCCUUUCAAAUGCGAUAUAUGUAAUAAGAGUUUUAAAUGCAAAGAGUAUCUAAAAAACCAUCAAAUUAUUCAUAGUGAAAAACGUACUUUCAAAUGCGAUAUUUGUAACAGGGGUUUUAAUCGGAAAGCGGAACUAAAAAGUCAUCAAGUAACUCAUAGUAAAGAAUGUCUUUUCAAAUGCGAUAUUUGUAAUAAGGAUUUCAAAUCGAAAGGGCAACUAAAAUACCAUAAAAAUAUUCAUAGUGAAGAAUGUUCUUUCAAAUGCGAUGUAUGUAAUAAGGGUUUUAAAUGCAAAGAGUAUCUAAAAAGCCAUCAAAGGGUUCAUAGUGAAAAACGUCCUUUCAAAUGCAAUAUAUGUAAUAACGGUUUUAAACGAAAACAGGAACUAAAAAGGCAUCAAAAUGAUCAUAGUUAAGAACGUCCUUUCAACUGAGAUAUUUGUAAUAAGAGUUUCAAAUGGAAAGUGCAACUAAAACGUUAUUACGAAACUUAUACUGAUGAACGUAACUAUUCUUCUUAGGUAUGUAACAAAAGGUUUAAAAAAAUGUUUGAUAGCUCAUAAAAUCUUUCAUGAUAAUAAAUUCAACCAUUCUUGUGAUAUAAUAUAACAAAUAGUUUAAAUUAAAACACUGGCAUCAUGAAAUAUUUAAUAAUCAAUUUGACCAUACUUGUCAGGUAUGUAAUUAAAGUUUUCAAUGCAGUUGUAGUUUAAAAUGGCAUAUUUUUAUACACAGCAAUGAAUACUUAUAUUCUUGUCAUAUGUGUAAGAAAUAUUUUAAUACAAUAGGUUUUUGGACAGCAUAAAAUUAUUCAUAGCGAUACAAAGAUAUAUGUUUGUGACAUAUGUAAAAAAAUGUUAUAACAAUACAACUGUUUUAAUCAGAAAUUGUAUUAUUAAACAUAAAAAAAGGCGAAAUUUGUAAAAAAAGGAAGUAUGUAUGCAAAAUUUGUAACAAGUUAUUUAAGAUUAAAAACACACUAUAACGUUGGAAAAUUCACAUUGAAAAGUGAAAUAUGUGUAAUAAAAAAUUUCAAAGUAAACGCAACUUAAUCAGCAGAAAGUUCAUUGUAACAUAAAACCGUUUUGUUCACAGAAGUGUAAUAGACAUACACAAUGAAAAUCUUCGUUAUGGUUGUGAAGUGUGUAAGAAAGGUUUUUAUAUUAAAAGUUUCUAUUAAGCCAUCAACUAGUUCAUCAGAAUCAUUCGUACUUUAGAAUCCGU